CUCCCAACGGCACCAGCACCGUGGCGGUGGUGUUUCCGAAGAGAAGCAUCGAGAAUCGAACGAUAACGACGGCACCGGGAGCACGACGGGUUCUGGGUGUAGGGGUUUGCCUCCAGCAGAACGGAGCUGUAACGACAAUUUACUGAUCCGAUCACCGAUCUGCAGCGGAAAGCUGGAAAAUGUCCUUUCGGCGUGCCCUCAAGUAUGGUAUCGCCGGGAGUGCCGUGCUCGGUACGGGACUGAGUCUGCACGCAAACGAUUACGAUUUCAACUCGGUCGGGAUAGUACGGUUGGCACGAGCCGGAGCGACCGUGUUCGAUAUUGGCCGCACCUACCAGGCCAACCUGUACAGCCGCAAGUGGCCAGACAAAAAGGCGGCCGAGUAUGUGCAGCUGAAAAGUGAAACGCAUCGGUUGGCGGCCGAAAGGUUGCUCGAACUGUGUCGCACAAACCGUGGAGUGUACAUAAAGGUUGGCCAGCAUAUCGGGGCCCUCGAGUACCUGUUGCCGCCGGAGUACGUCAACACGAUGAAGGUGCUGCACAGCAAUGCACCGCAGAAUCCGGUCGAGGAUCUGUACCGUGUGAUACGGCAGGAUUUGCGCAUCGAACCGGACGAACUGUUUGAAUCGUUCGAUCCGGAACCACUCGGUACGGCCUCACUGGCACAGGUACACCGUGCGACGCUAAAGGAUGGCCGUGAGGUUGCGGUAAAGGUGCAGCACCCGUACGUGAAAGGCAACUCAACGGUGGACAUCAAAACGAUGGAGGUGCUCGUUAAGCUGGUAGCCUGGACGUUUCCGGACUUUAAGUUCCAGUGGCUGGUGGACGAAUCGAAGCGCAAUCUACCGGUCGAGCUGGACUUUGCCCAUGAGGGCCGUAAUGCGGAGAAGGUGCGCGAAAUGUUCCGCCACUAUCGGUGGUUGAAGAUACCGGGCGUUAUCUGGGAGUACACGACGUCCCGGGUGCUGAUGAUGGAGUACACCAAGGGUGGCCAGGUGAACGAUCUCGAGUACAUUCAGCGUGAGCGGCUCGAUCCGUACGAUAUUGCCAACAAAAUCGGUCAGCUGUACUCGAACAUGAUCUUCCUGAAGGGAUUCGUACACAGUGACCCACACCCGGGUAACAUCUUGGUGCGGAGAGGUGAAAGUGGCACCGAGAUCGUGCUGCUGGACCAUGGCCUGUACGCGGAGUUGACGGAGAAGUUCCGUUACAACUACUCGCAGCUGUGGUUGAGUAUACUGCGCGUCGAUCAACUCGGUAUGAAGCGGUACGCACAGGCGCUCGGUGUUGAGGGUUCGAUGUGGGGUUUGUUCGCGUGCAUGGUCACCGGGCGGCCCUGGAACUCGGUUAUCCACGGUGUGGACAAAGUGAAACAGGACGAUGCGGAGAAGGAAAUGAUCCAAAACGAAGGCAAACUCGUGCUGCCCCACAUCUCGGACGUGCUCGAGAAGGUGGACCGGCAGAUGCUGCUGGUGCUGAAGACGAACGAUCUGAUCCGUGGCAUCGAGACGACACUGCGCACCCAAAACCGUAUGACCGCGUUUUGGGUGAUGUCCAAGUGUUGCGUCAAAAGCAUCGGCAGCCAGGAGUAUCUGAUUGCACCGUCCACCUGGAGCAAGCUGGCCAUCUGCCUGCGGGAACAGUGGUCCAUUCUGAAGCUGAACCUCUACUACCUCUACCGCGGUAUCGUCUCGCUGCAUCUGCUUUCGACGCUGAAAAUGAUGUUCUAAAUUCGAUCGUUAGCACCUCGAUCGAUUAUACUCAGGAAGAGGUCACCUUCCCUCCCGUUCUAAGGGGUAGGGAAGGUGCAGAAAGGAGUGGGCUAUGGGUUUAGUUCAUUAGGCGCAUUAAGUGUAAUUAAGCGGAAGACAAGCGAGAAUCGAACGAAGCAAAGAAGAAACCGAUUCUUCUGUUCGUUCGUUUGCACUCCUAACUCUCGCAUCUAUGGGCUGGUCUUGGUGGGUUUUUUUGCUUCAUAUUUUAGAGAAUUAUUACUAUUUUUUUAUAGAAGGUUUUCACAAUCACUGUUGUUUUGUUUUUGCCCGUUUGCGCUAAGUAGCUAUUAAUUAGGUUCGCUAGGUAAAACGCUAUUAAUCAAAUCGAUCAUUACGGUAUCGGACCAAAGGCUUAUGGUCGCAGUAAUUACAAUAUUCUGCUUCGUAUGCUCAGCAGUGUUCUUCAUCAGUUUUGUCGGGCUUAUUCGCUGACUAGGCGACUACGACCCCCCGUGUAUAUGUGUAAAGAGAAUGAAUGCAAAUAAAUGUUAUAUUUAUACCGA